AUGCAAAAAUCUUAUGAUAGAAACUGGGAAAAGUGGGAGAAAUUCCGAGAGAAGAAAAUGCAGAUGAUGAAAGUCCAUAAAUACAACGUAGAACAAAGGCUCCGAAAUGAAAAUCAGGAACGAGUGUACUAUAGGCAUCAUUUUAAUUAUCAUCCGGUGAAAAGACCCAAAAGAAAAACAUCUUUAGAUCCGAAUUGGUACACUGAAAAUAUAUAUUCCAAUCAAUCAAUAGAUAACUCGGACGGAGAGCAAACUUUAGCCAUGGUACAAAGUUUCCGACCGGGAAAAUCUCAGGCCGACAGAGACAUCAACGGAAAUCUAGAUGAUGGUGAAAUCUUCACAAUAGGGGCACAAAUAGAACGGACAAACAACUACCCUAAAUCGAAUAGCUGUUGUUUUGGUGGAACUAGUAGCUUAGCGAUAAAUAAUGUUAGAUGUAAAAUUCCAAAAUCGCACUCGUUUAGUACAUCCAGAAGCAUGGGAGCGGGAUUCAACGCGAACAAAUAUUACAACCGAAACUGUUUCGAAAUGGUCGAGUUUCCAGGGCACGCAUUAUCCGAUUCAGGUCGAUUGAAUUAUUACAAUGGUAUCCAACCAUUGGGAAUGCGUAUUUGUGACCGUGAAGGUUGCUUCAAUGAGACGUGCUUUAGCAAGGAUACCAAAAAUAUUCAUAAUAGCAAUAAUAACAAUCUGAUGAAUGAAUGGAACCAACGGAAUCGAAAUAAUAUCAGCAGACGAUUGGCCAGAGCACGACCGCAGCAUGUGAUGGAAGAAGAUUUUGAUCUAUUCGAAGAUGAUGAAGAAAAUGAUUUGCUCAUGUACAACGAUGACAACUCGAUCGUAUUCGACGAAUUCGAUGACCAAGAUUACUACGGCGCUGGACCUCUAGCAGGCGAUUUUAAUGAAUUUUACCGGCACGAGCGGUCCAAGCAAUUGUUGCGUGGCAAGUUUGACAGAGUUAGAAAAUAUACAGAUGAUUUUACCGAUGAUUAUCAUAAAUCGUUUGAAGACAUUUUUAAUCAGAAUUGCUACAUUGAUCAACAAUACCAGGUAAAAGGCAAUAACUUUUUUUCGAAGCCUUAUAUUGCUAAAAACAAAAGUAUGCUAGAAGUGAAACCACCGAGCAAAUUCGACGAUACUUCAUCCGAUUCUACCGAUUUGGAAUUGGAUGAUUUUAACUUUGAUUUUGAAAAGUAUUGGGAAGAGCUGGAAAAACCAUCACCGACAUCACCGAGCGAAUGUAUCGAAAAGUACCCGCCAGGAGCACUUAAGAAGGUGAAAAACGUUAACAUUAAUCGAUACAACAAUGGAACUGUGAUAGACAUCUAUCAUGACGAUGAUCCGUAUCACUCGGAUCAUUAUCACUAUCGCGAGGGAAACGAAAAGAACAACAAUAUGAAUAUUUUUUCACCACCAUCACUUAGCAAAUUUAGCAGAAAAGUUCAUCAUGAGAGAAAUAAUGUAGGUAAUGGUCUAAGUAAAAAUCGAACUAACAAGAGAAAUAAUAUUAAUAACAAUAGUAAUGCAAUUAGUUUUCUAAACAACAUAUUCUCCAUCUAUAAACCCAGCAAAUAUUCACCACUUAAUUGCCAUGUAGAACAAAAUUAUUUGAAAAACAUUCCCGCUAAAAAAAUGAACAUCACAAACUCAGCUAGGACACUUGGUGCACCUUGUAGUGACAAUGAAAAUUCGGCCAAACGACCACUGACAGUUCAUCCAUCCAAACAGUAUUCGCAGCGCUCUUAUCAAUCGCAGCGCAGUCAGAAGGAACCCCAGGCUAGGUUCCAAAUUAUACCGGACAAAACGGGUCUUAAAAUAUCACCGUUAUACGUAUCGAGUGCCGAUUAUCGGAAAGCAAGACAUAAAUUAAAAAGCACCACACGCCCAUUGUCCUUCUGGUGA